GCAAACAGUCGCUGCAGGAGCGAACACACACACACACACACACACACGGUCCAGAGCUGGUCCCUGCGAAGACCUGCACCUCUGCUGCUGAAUCUGGACCCGGACCCGGACCCGGACCCGCAGAAGGAUUGAAUGUGUAUUUUGUGGCGGAGUUAGUGAGAGUGUGUUUGUGAAGAAGAGGAAAAGACGCGGCGGAGACUUCGUCUGCACCAGGUCUCAGUUCAGGUCUCAACUAGGUCUCAGUCCGCGAGCGGAGACUCGCACAGGGAGGCGCUGAACCCGCUCUCCCGCUGAUGUCAGUCGUGGAUCUUUUUAAGAUCAGAAUCCAGAUCAAAAUGCGCAGAUAGAUUUUAGAUUAAAACACUCACGUGACAUUUGUGAGUUUGUGACUUUGUUUCCCUCCGGAUUUAAUCUGGAUCUGGAUUUGAAGCCGCUCCGGUUCAGAUCAUGGCCGCGCGUGGAAGCAGCUGCUGGACCUUCUUCUCUCCGAUCCGGUUCCGGAUCCUGAUCCAGAUCCUCUGUGUCUCCACUGGAAUCCACGGAGCUUGUGUCUACGAGGGAUCAGCGUACGCAAAUAACUCAUCAUGGAAACCUCAGUCCUGUCAGGAGUGUCACUGUUACAGCGACGUGGUCGUCUGCACGCACACACACUGUCCUAACCCACAGUGUGACUAUCGUUUACCUGUGUUAGCACUGGGUAAUAUGGCUUAUGGGUAUUAG